AUGGAGAGCCAGGGCCUCAGUGGUGGAGAAUAUGUCCCCAUUGCUGAAAACCUGAAGAAUCUUAAGACUCCGAGGUCACGUAGGUCAGUAAGAUUGUGUUGGCUCGGGUGGCGUGUGUGUUGGUUCCCCCGAGGAGAGUGGCGACGUCGGUGGGGAACAAGGGGGGCAGCUGCCACCCCGAGGAGAGUGGAGACGACGGUGGGGAACAAGGGGGCAGCUGCCACCCCGAGGAGAGUGGAGACGACGGUGGGGAACAAGGGGGGCAGCUGCCACCCCGAGGAGAGUGGAGACGACGGUGGGGAACAAGGGGGCAGCUGCCACCCCGAGGAGAGUGGAGACGACGGUGGGGAACAAGGGGGCAGCUGCCACCCCGAGGAGAGUGGAGACGACGGUGGGGAACAAGGGGGCAGCUGCCACCCCGAGGAGAGUGGAGACGACGGUGGGGAACAAGGGGGCAGCUGCCACCCCGAGGAGAGUGGAGACGACGGUGGGGAACAAGGGGGCAGCUGCCACCCCGAGGAGAGUGGAGACGACGGUGGGGAACAAGGGGGGCAGCUGCCACCCCGAGGAGAGUGGAGACGACGGUGGGGAACAAGGGGGCAGCUGCCACCCCGAGGAGAGUGGAGACGACGGUGGGGAACAAGGGGGGCAGCUGCCACCCCGAGGAGAGUGGAGACGACGGUGGGGAACAAGGGGGCAGCUGCCACCCCGAGGAGAGUGGAGACGACGGUGGGGAACAAGGGGGCAGCUGCCACCCCGAGGAGAGUGGAGACGACGGUGGGGAACAAGGGGGCAGCUGCCACCCCGAGGAGAGUGGUGACGACGGUGGGGAACAAGGGGGGCAGCUGCCACCCCGAGGAGAGUGGAGACGACGGUGGGGAACAAGGGGGCAGCUGCCACCCCGAGGAGAGUGGAGACGACGGUGGGGAACAAGGGGGCAGCUGCCACCCCGAGGAGAGUGGAGACGACGGUGGGGAACAAGGGGGGCAGCUGCCACCCCGAGGAGAGUGGAGACGACGGUGGGGAACAAGGGGGCAGCUGCCACCCCGAGGAGAGUGGAGACGACGGUGGGGAACAAGGGGGGCAGCUGCCACCCCGAGGAGAGUGGAGACGACGGUGGGGAACAAGGGGGCAGCUGCCACCCCGAGGAGAGUGGAGACGACGGUGGGGAACAAGGGGGCAGCUGCCACCCCGAGGAGAGUGGAGACGACGGUGGGGAACAAGGGGGGCAGCUGCCACCCCGAGGAGAGUGGAGACGACGGUGGGGAACAAGGGGGCAGCUGCCACCCCGAGGAGAGUGGAGACGACGGUGGGGAACAAGGGGGCAGCUGCCACCCCGAGGAGAGUGGAGACGACGGUGGGGAACAAGGGGGGCAGCUGCCACCCCGAGGAGAGUGGAGACGACGGUGGGGAACAAGGGGGGCAGCUGCCACCCCGAGGAGAGUGGAGACGACGGUGGGGAACAAGGGGGCAGCUGCCACCCCGAGGAGAGUGGAGACGACGGUGGGGAACAAGGGGGGCAGCUGCCACCCCGAGGAGAGUGGAGACGACGGUGGGGAACAAGGGGGCAGCUGCCACCCCGAGGAGAGUGGAGACGACGGUGGGGAACAAGGGGGCAGCUGCCACCCCGAGGAGAGUGGAGACGACGGUGGGGAACAAGGGGGGCAGCUGCCACCCCGAGGAGAGUGGAGACGACGGUGGGGAACAAGGGGGCAGCUGCCACCCCGAGGAGAGUGGAGACGACGGUGGGGAACAAGGGGGCAGCUGCCACCCCGAGGAGAGUGGAGACGACGGUGGGGAACAAGGGGGGCAGCUGCCACCCCGAGGAGAGUGGAGACGACGGUGGGGAACAAGGGGGGCAGCUGCCACCCCGAGGAGAGUGGAGACGACGGUGGGGAACAAGGGGGCAGCUGCCACCAAGACAGUCGUACAGUGGAAGGUGUCACGGUCGCUGGCACAUUAACAUGCUAG